UUAAAGGCGGCUCCGGGCAAGGGUGCCGAGGGCUCACUCCUCUAGGACCUCCUUGUUGCUCAGAUGUGACCACUGCCCCUUUGCAACUCCUACUCACAUAACACCUCUUUUCUCUGCUAUGUGGGACAUGGCAGACUGGUGACGCAGGAGGUAGCCGUUGGAGUAGGUAGAACAGGACAUGUUGUCCAGGUACAGAUUGGCCAAGUGGAACACUGCCACCAGACUUGUGGUCAACCUGCCAAUCAGGACACAUAAGAAACCACAGCCUGGAGUGGCCAGCCUGAGAAGGGGUUUUCUGAUCCCCCAGUCUGGCCCCAGCAAGGUCCUAGGCACCCAUGCGGAUUUCUUCCUCGAUGUGUUUGUAAACUCCCAGCACCUGCAGCCCUAAGGGCACCCUCUCCGGGGAGCCCCACCUCGUCAGCAGAGCUUUUCUCUUCGCUCCUCAGUGAAAGCCUUGCUGGCCGCUCUGUACUCUUUAUCUGCAGGCCUCAUCCCUCCUCACCUCCGAGAUGCAAUCCUGGGACAAACAGCAGCACAGCCAGGGACGAGUCUUCCUGGUGACAAGGGACCAGAUAUUCCUGACAACUAGACGGCUAAAUCAUCAGUGUUUCCCAAGAAAAGAUCUUGGUCAAAAGGAGGAAAUGUGAGCAGAAACACCUGAGGUGGAGUCAGCGACAUCAAAGGGCCCUAAAGUGGAGUCAGCAGGCCCCUGGGGGGGCCAGUCUUACUCAGGGCCAUCCCAGCUUGAACCUGAACUCUUGGGCCGCACCAACCGUAAGCGGCUACAUCCGGUUUCAGUUCUCAGAAUGAGGCUUUUUGCUGAGCUUCAGUCUAGCAACUAACAGUCAUCUAUCCUACGUGGACCAGCAUUAGUUAUUUUUGGCUAGGCCAGCCCGCAUUCUUUCAAGGCAACGUCUGUAAACCUGUGGUUUUGGCCGUUGGACGCUCCUUCUCCGCCCGCACCCCGCCUCGGAGCGCAUUUCGGGUUCCUCCUGAAUCUGUGUCCUCGGGGCAUAUUCCCAAAGACCCCCGAUGAACUGUUGGUUUGCUUUGCAGCCUCCGUUCUUUCUCGUCGAAAGAAGUCCCCCACCCGCUGCUUUAAAAUUCAGAUUUCACAUUGAAAUAUGCACUUCUGGCCUCCCUCGCUGGAAAAAAAUUAAAAAGCAGAUCUGUGACUCCCUCGGUCCUUGUUGGCCGCAACUACGCCCAGCCGCGCGCCGCUUGCUUGGGGCCGCGCCGCUCCGGCCUGGCCCGCGGCACCUGCGCCCCGCGCCCGGCCCCGCCCCGCCCGCCUCCCUCCGCACCCGCCGCAGGGCCGCCUCGGCUCUCAGCCCUCCGCCCGACCCUGCCCGGCGGGCCCCCUCCGGCCGUCAAUUAUUAACCAGCCGCGCGGCCGGCACCAGGAAACCCGAGCCGCGGCCACAGCGGGGCCGGCCCGGCGCGGGGCGCGGGGGCCGCCGGCGGACCAUGGAGGCAGGAGCGGAAGCGAAGGGGCGCGGCCCUGUGGCCCCCGAGCCCCCCCAGAGCCCCGCGCUGCCGCGGCUGCCGCGCCGCCCGCAGCUCCUGGACCAGGACGGAGGGCCCCGCGCGGAGGUGGCCCCAGAUGCGGCCCCUGAAGGCCCCCAGGCCGACCCGCGGGCCUCGGCCUCCGCGGCGCCCCUUGCCCAGGCCGAAGCCGAGGCCGCGGGCGAGGCCAGGCCGGGGCCCAAGGUGGCAGCCGGUGGAGUCCCCGACAUCGGCUUUGUGGGCGAGCCCCCGCCCUACGCACCGCCCGACCCCAAGGUUGUGCACCUGCUCUACCCGCCUUUCCCGCAGGGGCCGCUGCUCCUCCAGUCCGCGCCCUCGCCGCAGGCCCUGUACCCCCCGCCCGCGCCCCUGUACCCCGGGCCCGUGCCGCCGCUGCUCGCGCCCUUCCCGGUGUACAGCAGCCCUGGGGCUGGCGUGCCAGCCCCUGCCACGGUGGAGCACAGGCCCCCGCCCAAGGACUACAUGACAGAGUCCAUCCUGGUGACCUUCUUCUGCUGCCUGCUCACUGGCAUCGUCGCCUUCGUGUACUCCCAUGAGACUCGCGCCGCCCUGAGCAGAGGGGACCUGGCCCAGGCUGAGGAGGCCUCCCGCAAGGCCCGCUGGCUCGUGCUCUUCAGCCUGCUGUUCGGGGUCUUCGUGUCCACCAGCUGGGUCAUCUACGUGGCAGUGGCACUCCAUGUCCCCUGAGACCUGGUGGUGCCUCUGGGGACGCCGGGAUGCCAAGGGACACCCAGUCUGGCCAGACUCUUUCUGUGGACCUUGAUCACUGCCAGUGGCCAUCUGUUGCCUGCAGAGGAGACCCAGGGGCCAGAGAAGGGUGGGGUUUGCGGCCCUCGCACACCUGGGGCCGGGCCUCAGCCUCUACAUAUGGCCUCGGGCAGUGUCCUAAACUGAGGUGGCCCCCGGGCCAGGCCCAGCUGUGGGAUGGGAGCCCCAUUUCCUCCGUGCCUCCUCCAGAGGUCUUCCUGGGACCGUGCGGAAGGGGCCCCCAUGAACCUGGCCUUCACUGCGCCCCUAGGAGGCCAUCAGAGAGGCCGGAGCGCUCACCGUCCUUGGGGCCGUCUGGAAGGACAUCAGGAACGUGGCCUCCUCCUGCCUCCAGCCCAGCGGGGUGAUGGCAGGCCUGAGGAGCCGCUCUGCCUUCCUCCCUGCAGGGCAGUUGAGGGGGUGGCCUCCUCUCCUCUCCUCAGCAGCUCCUGGCCGGUUGUUCUGCACCCCACCCCUGGGCCCAGGCUCCCCGCAUGCUGAGUCAAUGUUCAGAAUCCAAGGCUGCUUUGUCUGGUCAAUAAAUGAAAGCAGCGCCUGGGCUGGGCUUCACGUCGCUGUUUCCUGGCUCACUUUCAGGGCGAGCGGCCACAUCUGUCCACAGCUGGGCUCGGGGCCUGCCCUCUGGGAGAUGCUGUCAUGCAGAGCAGCUCUGGCGAGGAUCUGUUUGUGCCCACACUGUGCAGCUGCUGCUCCCUAGACCCACUUCUCCCGGGGCUGCUUUGCUAGAAACUUCUCCCCCCUCCACACCGCCUCCUGGCUUCUGCUUACCACCACUUUCUGCCUGUCUUUCAGCUCUCACCUAUCCCUGGAGGGUCAGCUGGGUUCCCCCGUGGUGGAGGCCACCCUGGUUGGGAUGUGCUGUCUCUCGGGUUGCCCCGAGGCUGCUGCACGCUGUAUAUUGGUGCCCUUGCACCAGAUACCAGGCACCCCUGUCCGGUCACUGUGGUCCUGAGAGUGGCCCUCUGUUUGAACAAGAUUCAGAACUUGGGGCAGUGGAUGGGGCCCAGGGACUGAGGGCACAGUGGGGCUCUGCAGCCCCAUUAGGGGUGUCAUCAUUGCAGUAGCUCUCUUGGCUUCCCCCAGUCCCCUCUCCCAAGGACAGUCCUUGCCUUCACAGGUUUUCUGGUUUCUCGAGGAACCUGGGUUUUCCCCAUGUGUAAAGUGGGGUAACACCCCAGCUGCCUCUGGAGUUGUGAGCGCCAGCAUGGUACCUGGCCUGCAGGGGGCGACCAGCCUGUGGGGGGCUGAGGUGGGGUUUUUGCAGGGCCUUCCAGGCCUAAGGCAGUGGGGAGCAGGGAGUCAGGGUCUUCCCAGGAGCUUCAGGGCAGCAGGAAUCCCAGCCAGCAGAGAGGGGACUCCAUUAACGGUGUUUUUUCCUGUGGAGGAGCCCGAGCUUCCGCCCGAUUCUCAAAGGGGUCUGUGAUCCGAUGAGCAAAAGCCAUCCGCUCGUUGCAGAUGGAAGAGGCCCCGGCUGAGCCAUAAAAGAUCAACAGCUCAUGUUAAAUCAGGGGCUUUCUGUGCACCCCGUGUGCCGCCCACAGUCCUGGCAAGGCGGCUGGAGCACGAGGACAGCCCAGCCCAGCCCAGCCCUGGGGGUGCUCGGGGAGCUGGAGGGACCCGGAUGAAGAAGUGAGGAGCGACUGGUUGGAGAUCAAGACAUGGCCUGUGCCCUAGAGCCCCGGGCUGGUCCCGAAUUAGAAUAUGAAACACUGAACUGCGUAAAAGCCACAGAAAAGGAGGAAGCCAUUUUUUAGGGACCAAUAGAUGCCAAAAAGCAUUUGGUAGAACCGGAUAGCUACAGCUCUUCUCACUAAAAUUAUAAGUAAAAUCAGGAUAGAAAGAAUCAUCUAGAUCCGUGUUCCUUGAAUUAAGUAUAUAAGAGACGCCAGGGAAAGCUCAUGAAAACGCAGCUCUGUUUCAGUAAGUAGGACCUGAGAUUCUGCAUUUCCAGUGAGCUCCCAGUGACGCUGAAGUUGGCACAUGAAACCACAGCAAAUGGCACAUUAGGUGGGAAACGGUUAAGACCAUUAAAAGUCAUUAUAACCGGGAUCAAGCCAGGGAUGCCCCAGUGUCUUUAUUCAGCACGGCUUUGAGGUUCUAGCCAGUGUAAAAAUAAAUAACAAGGUGAAAUUUGCAUGAAAACUGGAAGAGACAAAAUGAUUCCCUAGAAUAUCUAAAAGUCAAUGGAAAAAUUAGAACUGAUAAGAGAACUCAGGAAAGUGGGUUCAAUAGCCACAAACAAUAGCCAAUAGCAAUAAUGAAAAGCAGAAAAAAAUUUUUAAUUACACUUGCAAUUAUGAUAAAUUCCUAGAUUUUACUGUUUUUAACAAGAAAGAUCCAGAUGCAAAUGAAGAAAAAUAUUUUUUUAAUUAGUAAAAGACAGAAAAAACUGGACAAAAUAUCUGGAUAGGAAGAUAAAGUAUCAUGAAAAUAUCUAGUCUUUGAGAUGUAAUGUAAUUCCAACAAGAGAACCAAGCUUUUAAAACUAUGACAAAAAUGUUUUAAAGAAUUAAUAUAAAAGGAAAUGUACAAAAAUUACUAAUUAUUUUUUUUAAAUUUAAUGAGUGGGGCUUCUUUCACCAGACAUUAAAACUUGCAUAAAGUUGCAAUAGUUAAGAGAGAAUGGCUUUUUUUCAUACACAUCAGUGAAAAAUGUUAUAAAGGCCAGAGAACAUUCCAAGUAUGUAUGGAAAGUUGACAUCUGAUCAAAAUGGCAUUUUAGUUGAGGGCUCAUAAAUUAAAGCAGAGUUGACUCUCUGGUUGGAAACAUUAAUUUAUUGUAUGCAAAAAUCAAUUCUAGAUGGAUUAAAGAGCUAAGUGUAAAAUCAAGCUCAUUAAUAACUGCAGAAAGUGUAGGAGAAUAUUUGCAUAACUUCAGGGUGUGGGGCAGUAAAGAAAGGGAAGUCUGUAAACAUCUGGAAAAACAUGGAAAGAUGGAGAGAUUUGAGUUCUAUUUCUGAGGAAAGUACAGAUUUAAGCCAUGAGAUGACUUUCACUUACCAGAUUGAAUGCAUCCGGAGCUGGGGGUGGUACUCAGCACAUUCCCUCCCAUGAAGUACUGCUGGGUGUGUAUUACUCGGUCCUUAUGGAAAGUAGAUUGAUAGCAUUGAUCAUGUAUGUACCACAUAUUUACAUGCAUGUAAGUGGAAAGAAAGCACAGAGUCUUACGAGUGGGAUGUAUUCCAAACUGCUGGCCAUGGCUACCUUUAGGCAGGGAAUGGGUCUAGGAGGACUUACGCAAAUACAUUGCUUGAGCUUUAAAACACAGAUGUACUUGUGUGUUGUGUAUCAAAAAAUAACUGAAAAAAAAA